AAAUGUGUAGAUCUAAUAAUUCCUUGUAUGCGAUUUUUCUCUGCUUCCACCAGCAAAAUGAAAAUUAUUCAGUAAAGACCACUUCUUUCGUAAGCUUACUUUAAAUAGAAGAUUAUCAGGUGAUUCAAUCAUAUCAGAGACUUUAUCUAUAGACCAAAGUGCUAUAGUCAUCUCAAUUCAUUGAUAUAGCUGAUUUCCAUGAUUAUAAUCUACCACUCCUUCGCUUCAUUCAAUUAGUUUGUUGAUAGUUUAUAAAUGCAACAAGUCGUGGAAAUAAUUCAAGAAAUAUAGUGGUAAAUCUUUUUGCAUUCAAAUUAUGACUUAUCAAAGUUCAUAUGAAUUAGAUAUACCUAUAAUAUCCAUAAGAAAGUUGAUAGAUAAGUACCCUAGCCUUCAAGCCAAUUCAAUCAAGAAACCUAUCCGAUCCAAUAAUCAAAUCACUCGCCAGAGGUUACAACUUGACUUUGAAUAUGAAUAUGAUUUUAGUACAACUAAGAAUCAAAUUGAUAUAACUGAAAUUAUCAUUCAAGAUCAUUUUAACAUUCUGAAUUAUAAACUAAGGAGAGAUAAGUUAUGUCCUAGGAUUAAUAAUCGAAUGGAAUAUUUGUUGAUAUUAGAAUCGUGUUUGAUCGAACCUUGUUGCAUUGAUAAAGCUGUUCAAGAUGCGAAUUACGUUAUCGACAUUGGGACUGGUUCUUCUUUAGUGUAUCCUAUUAUUGGCACCAAGAUAAGUCAGUUUAAGAAUAAAUAUAUUGCCACUGAGAUCAAUGAAACUUCAGUCAAUCAUAUAGGAAAGAUAUUAAAUGAAAACAUACAGCUACAAAAUAAUGUUCAAUUGGUGAAAGGGAACAAUCAACAGUUAAUUCCUGAAAUAAGUCAAGAUAAAAAGGUUAAAUACUUAGUAUGCAAUCCACCAUUCUAUACCAACAUAGAAGAAUUGAAUGAAAAGGAAGGCCUCAAGAAAACUAUCAAACCAAAUGAAUUAACCAUAGAUGAUAGUGAGUUAAUUUAUGAUCAAGGUGGAGAAUUAGCAUUUAUAAGAAAGUUAAUUGAUGAAAGCACAGUCUUAAUAAACAGUCCUAAUACUUUCCCAACAUUCGAAAACUGUUGGUUUACAAGUCAAGUUGGUAUCCAUAGUCAUUUAGAGGAAUUAAAUGAAUAUAUCGAGUUAAGAGGAAUACCAUUCAAAUUCAACGAGAGUAUAAAGUUCAACACCACGAGAUGGAUUAUUGGAUGGAGAUUUGGUGGACAUCAAUCAGUAAUGAUUCAAAAGUAUGUAUCUCCAUUGAAUUGGCCAUCUAGGAAUGUUCUUCAAAAUAUAUUUAGCAAGCUUCAUCAACAUUUGGAAGAAACCAAGGGAAGAUUUAACGAUUUCCAAUUCAAGUUGAUCACAGUUAAACAUAACAGGAAUGUAUUCUAUGUCAGAACUAAUGAAUACAUUUGGUUAAGAAAGAUACGACGGUUAUUGAGUAAUUCAACUAUGUCUAGAAGUUCAGACCUAUCUUUUGAUAAAGAUAUUUUAAUUCGAAUCUUUGUGGACAAAGGCAAGGAUAACUUUGAUUUAAAUAUUUUAACAAAUGAAGUCGACCAUAACAUUCAUUACAACAGUCUAAAAUCAAUGAUUAAUCAGUUGCUAGUACCGUCAUCCUGAAUAUUCUACAAUUAGUCUAUUAUGCUCUAUUUUAUAUUCCGAUAUAUAGAAUCCCUAUCCUAAUAUAUAAUGAUGAUAUGCAUGCUUAUAUUAUUUAG